AUCGAGAUUUAGAUUGACAAUAUCAUGAAUAAUACGCAUUUAUAUAAUAAGAUAUGUGUGACUACACGUGUAUAAUCGUUGCCAGUUUUGUUACAUGAGCACUUGCGAUGCAGUGAAUUUCAAAAUAAGCAGAAAUUUUCGAAACAUGAUUUCCCUCUAUAUGUAACGGGUCAGUGGCAUUAAAGGAUAUUUAGUUAUCAACAUAUUGCACGAAAACAUUCAAACAUGGGGAACCAAAUGAGGAAACAUAUACCGGAAAAAGACUUUGAAUAUCUAGAAAAACAUACAGAUUUCCAGAAACCAGAUAUUAUGGAGUUUUAUAAAGAAUUCAUGAAAAUCAAUCCGGAUGGUAACAUGAAGCUUGAAGCUUUUAAAGAAUUUUUGAAAGGUUGUUACAAAGAAAAUAGUUCCGACUUCGCGGAAAAUUAUUUUCGUGCUGCAGAUAGAGAUAAAAGUGGGAAAAUAGAUUUUAAAGAAUUUUUAUUAUUCUUGAACCAUGAAUGUACUGCUGAUCCAGUGGAAAAACUCAAUUGGGUGUUCGAUUUAUUUGACAUUGAUGGCAACGGUACCAUUGAAAGACCAGAAAUGAUAAAAAUGUAUAAGACAGUUUUAGAUUUACGGAAGAAACGAUCAAAAUACGACACAACUCCAGAACAAAUAGCGGAGAAAAUGUUUGAGAUAUGCGAUAAAAAUGUUGACGAUAAACUAACAAAAGUAGAAUUUAUAACAACAUUCAUGGAAGAUCCUGUUUUAUAUGCAAUAUUCUGUGGAACUAUGACAGAAGAAGACGAAGAGGACACGUGACAUCCUAAGUUUUCUGUAUAUAAUGAAAAUGACAAAAAAGAUUGC